UCACCAACGGUGGUUCUAUGACGUCACUAUUCGUCAAAAUGGCGCCCCACGCUACCAUGUGUUCAUCCAUGCUUCGGCAAAUAUUUCGGUUUAGCUCCUAUGUUUCCCCAAAAUCAUACGCGCCGUUCUCUUCAAGACUUCUCUUUUCAACAGCCACUACAGCACCCCCUAAUGAACAAGAGGCUGAGUCCAAAGAAGAGAAGCCUGCAGCUGAUCCUAGUUUAGUUGCUUGUCAAGAAGAAAAUCGCAAGCUUCUUGAACAAAUCAAGACAAUUGACGACAAGUACAAGCGCUCACUGGCAGAGAAUGAGAACUUGCGUGUGCGAAUGCAGAAGCAGAUUGAAGAGGCCCGUGUAUUUGGCAUUCAGAAGUUCUGCAAGGACCUGCUAGAUGUUGCCGAUGUGCUUAGUAGUGCCCUUUCAAGUGUUCCCAAGGAAGCAAUUACCCCUGACAACCCCCACUUGCAAAGCCUUUACACUGGCCUUGACAUGACGCAGGCACAACUGCAGACAGUGUUCCGGCGCCAUGGACUAACACAACUCAAUCCUGUUGGAAUGAAAUUUGAUCCCAAUGAGCAUCAGGCCGUAUUUGUGCACCGUGACGAAAGCAAAGAGCCCGGUACAGUAGCCGUAGUUUCUAAAAUUGGCUACAAGCUCAAAGACCGCACCAUUCGUCCAGCCAUGGUUGGUGUGGUUGAGCGAACCUGAUAGAACUGGACUUGCGAAUUUAGUCCGGCACUGACGUGUAGCCUGGGCUGCAAUCUUCUUGGCCAUUGAGCUCAGGUUAGGAAAGGAGCAGCUACGUUCUAGUGCUGCUGUAAAACUACAACGAGCAUGAGAGGCAGGCAGGCUGUGGUUGUUGGAUUUAGAUCAUUCCGAUUGUGAGGGCACUUUAUAUACAAGCAGGAGCGCUAAAGAUGGCCAUUUUUCAGUGCUUGCUACAAUUGUUUGCUUCUUCAAGGCCUUGUUGCCAGAGGCAAGAGCCAGCCUGCGUUGAACACAGGUAGUCGCUGGGAGGUGAACAAUGACUUGUGCAGAUCGUCCAUAAGUGGUUUUAAUCCUGCUGCAUUUCACAGUUCUGUGCCAUUCAGGGCAGGCAAAAGGCACUUUCUGAUGGAUUUAGUGUGUUGCCAAGAAGCUUGCAGCCCUACUCGUAGCCAGGCAUGUGUAUAAUAGCAUGCUUGUUUUAGAAAUUGGGGUGCAGGCUGCCGAAUGUUAAGUGACUGUGGCAUUGAAGUGUGGCUGUAAUAAAUUUAACUUUGUUACUAGC